UUAGAAUUGAAUCAAAAGCGGAGAGAUAGAGAUCAACCGCCCAAAGGGAGAGGGGACAGAGCCGAUAAUGGCGAAAGAGAGAUCUGCAUCUUCCUGGAAACUCGAAUCCUUGACAAAAUUGGUGUCAGAUUUAUUGCGAAAUUACAGAUCGCCUAAGUUUCUAAAAGUCCUUCAUAUAAUUGGCGCAUUGACUUCUAACCUGGUGGUCGUCAGUCCACUCAGUGCGGAAAAUUCAAUUAAAUGUAAUUGUUUAAUUGGAUGUGGGGACAAUGAGAUUAGCUCUGUCCAUUUCAUUCACAUUUGAAUGCUCCUCAACUCCGUGAGAAUCUUUUUGAAGUCUAAUGGCUGAAAUGGUGUGAACUUUCUCUGUUACUUCUAUGCUUCUUCUAGUUCAAUCGGCCAUGUUCAUUGAUUUCUCUUCAAUUUCAUUGAACACGUAUAGGGCGGUGGUUGAUAUAAUUUUUUAAUUGUUUCUUCUAUAUGACAAAGGACAGGGCAGUUUAUUUAGUUAUCUGAAACUCAGAGAAUUUCUACCAACUUUCCAUGACAAAAUCUUGGUAAUGUCAGGCUCCCUCGAGAAUUGUGGUUGCUGAUCUCAAUAUUUAUUUUACAAUAUAAAAUUGACUUCAACCAUUUACGCGUUUCUUAUGUAGUUUAAUGGAAGCUUCCUCUUCCCUUCCGAGUACAAUUGAUUCUCAAUAGCCCUUUCUAUAUAAAUAUUGAUCAUGAGUGUAAUUCGUUAGAGAUGUUGUUUAUUUUGAGUUAAUUUGAUGGUACAGAAGAGGCCUUUUCAUGACUUCCAUGGUGACGGUUUUGGAACUCCGAAUAAAGAGCCAAAACGAAUCAAUAUUUUCCAGAAAGCUGUUGGGGAGGCUAGCCUGCUUGCUUUUCUCGAACCUCUGAUUCGGAAAGCGGUAAGAGAAGAGACAGAAUGUGCUAUUUCCAAGCUUUUCCCCUCAUCUUCAAGCAGCUCAGUUAGUGAAGCUGAAACAACAACAGUAGGUUGUAAUCUGCAGCUGCUGUUCGAAAGCAAACUGCCAGACCGAAUAUUCACAAAUAAUCCCCUGAAAGCUGAUGAUGGCAAACCAUUGAAAAUUCUACUAUAUGAUGCCAAUUCGAAGACUAUAGUGCAAUCUGGUCCACUAUCAUCAGCGGAGGUCGAUUUUGUUGUCAUCAAUGGACUAUUUUCCAGUGAUAGAGAGGAUUGGACUGAGGAGGAUUUCAAUUCUAAAAUUUUAAGUGAAAGGGAAGGUAAAAGACCUCUCUUAGCAGGACAUCAGAGUAUCAUCUUGAAAAACGGGGUUGGAUUUAUCGGUGAUCUUAGUAUCACUGAUAAUUCCAGCUGGAUACCAAACAAGAUGUUCAUAUUGGGAGCUAAAAUUUCACCCAAAAAUUAUGGAGGACAAAGAGUUAGGCCAGCCAGAAGCUAUCCUUUUUCUGUCAAGGACGGCCGUGGAGAGGGGUAUAUGAAGCAUUAUCCUCCAAGGUUGCAAGACGAAGUGUGGCGUUUGGAGAAAAUACGAAAAGAUGGUAAAUUCCAUGAGCAGCUUACUUUGCACGGAAUUCACUGUGUCAAAGACUUUCUCCUUUUGAAUGAAACGAAUCAACCGAAGUUACGCCAUAUACUUGACCGAAUGUCGGAUAAGAUAUGGAGAAAAGUUUUGGAUCAUGCAAAAACUUGCACUAUGGACGAUUGCACGGUUUCUAGAUUCCCAAAUGGAUGGCAUGGGGCAUGGAUUGAAGAUCUGAAUAAGCCAAUACAUCUGAACAGAUUUGAUGAGCAGCGGAGCCCGAAACUGCCAUUGACCUACCCACAAGCUGGUCCUUCCAAUUCUCCCUAUCCAGGAAUGCAAUCAUUGGGGCCUAGCAUCGUACAUUCACAAGCAGAGAACCUGCAAAUUGGUGCUCCAAAUAAUUUCAACAGUGAAGAAGAUGGAGCACAGUCUUUAAUUUUCCAAAUCCAUAGCAAUCUCACAGACCAAGCUUUUCCUCCAUCACUGCAGCCUAAUUACUCUGUAGAUGACUCUACCUUUCUCCCACAAACUCCAGUUUACUUCCCUCUACCGACAAGCGAGCACGGAGACAAUUUGCUUCCUUCUCCGAGCUAUGCAGCGGACGCCGGGGGGUGUAGCAUUUUCCCUUAUCUGGAUCACGGCGCAGAUAUCUUAAAUGGAGCAGAUUAAGUUUCAAGCUGUUACAUGAGAGUAUAUUGUGAAGCUAUGCCGAUUCAGAUACCGUCUCACCUUGCUCGAUUCUAAAAGCGCCGAGCAACUUCCUUUGUAGUCUUAGUGUCAAGGUACUGCACACCCAAAGAGGAAAGCAUCAGCUAAAUUUGCAGGUCCUAAUCUAUUUGGUUAAGCCUUUUUUUUUUUUUUUUUGGUAGAUAGUCCUCUCGUGUUUUCCUGUAGAGUAUUUUUUCUUUCCCUUGGGGCUAAUGUGCAGCAAAAGAGUCCUUUGCUUUCCUCAUUUUAUCUUUUUUGUUUCAUCUCUACAAGUUGAAAUUGAUGUAACUUACAAUCAAUUUGAAAGGAAAAUAUUUUUCUUUCCAAUCAACUUCUCGAAGAAUACAUGUCCUUA